AUGGUGUUCACGCUGGUGGGAGCCUUCAAGGGCCUGUCCCUCGCCUCCUCCUCCUCCUUCCUCCGCGGCAACCGCGCCGCGCUCCCCGGCGGCACCACUGGUGGCGUGGGCGUGGCGACGGUGCCGGCACGCGAGCUGACCAUCCAGAUGGCGCACAAGAAGGGGGCCGCGAGCACCAAGAAUGGCAGGGACUCCAAGGGCCACCAGCGCCUCGGGGUCAAGAUUUAUGGCGACCAGCUUGCCAAGCCCGGCGCCAUUAUCAUCUGCCAGCGCGGCACCAAGGUCUCCCUCUCUGCCCCUGUCUAG